GUCCUGGAGACUGCGGCCGAGCGUCAGGCCUCAGAUCGCCUUUAUACAGGGGCCUGUGGGAGGAGCCACAGGAGCAGUCAGCAGGGGGCGUGUUCCCACAGGCACAUAGUUCACCACAGAACCAUAAGCAAUACAACCAUAAUCAUUACUGAUCUAAUCAUAGCUGGAUAUAGUUUCCUGCCCUGCUCCCCAGUCACAUCAAGAAAUACUUCACAAUAUUUCAAACUUUCUCACACUUUCCAAUUGUUUUAUCUAUAUGAACCCUCCAAGUAAGUCUUUAAUCAAACCAGACACCUAAAACUUGAAUACCUUGACCUUUUCUAAUGCAGAAUCACAUAGACGCAGUUCACAAUCAGGUAUCUUUCUUCUAAAGCCAAAAAUCAUAUAUUUGGACUUAGAAGCAGAAAUCCUGAAAUCCCAUUUAUUCACCCAGUUUUCAACUGAUCGUAAAGCCUGUUGAACCUGCUUUAAUAUACACUUGACGUUUCUUCCUGUUUUCCAGAAUGCACCAUCGUCUGCAAACAACGACUUGCCAAAUCCUGUCCCUACCUGAUCAAAGAUAUGGAAACCAAAAUUGGAAUCAAAAGCGGGCUCCUUUCAGAUUUCUCCCUCUCCAGCCUUUUUAUCUGGCUUCACCUAUCACUUUUCUAGCUCUCCUCCAUCUCCUCGCCCCACCUUUCAUUUCCGGCGUCUUCCCCCUUUCCUUUCCAGUCGUGAAGGAAGGGCUCGGCCUGAAGCGUCGACUGUUUAUUCAUUUCCAUGGAUGCUGCCUGACCUUUCUCUAGCGCUUCGCACUCUCCGAUGCCCUGGGAAUGAACGUAGCGGGCCUGAUCGUUGCCAUAAUGCCUGGUUAAGUCAGGAACGAAUCUCAAGGUGCUCCAAACCUCUCUCUAAAAUGGAGUCGGACUGGGUGGGAUGGACCAUUGCUGUGACAGGCUUCCCUGAUGAUAAGCUCUCUGACAGUGUCAUGGUUGAUAAACUCACCAUUCACUUCUUAAGGCCGAGGAACGGGGGUGGUGAGGUAGAAAAUGUCAUCUAUCCAACUGAUGUCCCUGGUGUUGCUUACGUUACAUUUGAAAAGAAGGAAGUUAUGGAUAGCGUCCUGGGACACGAUCAAGUGUUUGAAGACAAACAGCUCCAAAAGAAAUAUCCAUUGAAAAUUGCACAGAAAAGCCUGGAUGUCUUUUCAACUGUCUCAGUUGAUGUGGACGCCUCAAUGUUUGAAAACAGUUCCGAAGUGAAAAAUGUUUUUAGAGAAUUUGAAAACAACAACAGAAGCUUACAGUUUUCCCGGAGGCACGAUGGAAAGAUUCGUGUUACGGGCUCCUUCUCUGCGUUGAAAGAACUUAGGAAAGAACUUCGUAAAACAAUAGGUGAACUCCAAGGAAUUAAUCUCCAAGAUUCCACAAUGAAAGUUGGAAUAGAUGACUCAGAAGGGAAGUCUGGAAAGUCUCUGCAUAAUUAUGCAACAUGGUCAGUUCAUCAACAGUAUACAGCAUCACCGAAUUAUGGAGACAGGGAUACCUUGGAUCCUGGUGAAUUCCAGGAGGAAUCAACAAUUAUUCUAGACGCAGAUAUUUUUUCGUACAUUGAUGAGAUUUGCAAAAAGCAGUAUGAACAGUUACUUAGUGUUAAUUGUGUGAAUGCCAAACCAGUAAACCACAAUAAUAUAAUAUUUCUCCAGCUAUUUGAAACUAGUAGAUUGAAACCAUCUGAGCUAAAACUGGCAAAGUACGAUUUGGAGAGGUUCAUCAGCAAUAUGCAGAAAAACCUAGUGAUUGACAGAAUAAGACUGGACAGAGACAGACUGAAGAACAAGACAUUAAGGGCAUGUAAACUAACCAUGCAAAACUUCGGCACUGUUCUUGUUCGCUUCAGUGAUGAUUGUGUGACACUUAUAGGAAACCAAGAUGAUUGCAAACAAUUCAUAAGGAAGGUGGAUGAGAUGGUGCGGUCAGAUUUUAAUCCAGCACCAUACGAAUACACAAGUCGCCUGACAUCAACUGAAAGUAUGCAUCAGUUUCCUCAGAGUGUGGGUUCAGACUCUGCACGUGCAUCGGGUGUGCCCAGGCCCAUGGAGAACACCCUGCCAAGCAACCUCGAUGGACAUAUGACGGAUCAGAGUGGCAGGGUCCAACGUACCUGGAGUGUUCCUCACGGGAAGCAGGAAAGUUCGUCUGAUUGUGCAGGUACAUCGCUCUCCAGUGAAUGCCACAGAAGACCGACAGUCAAGAACAGUUCUAAGGUCUGAUCGACCAGUGUGCACUACUGAAUGAUGGCAGUCAUUUCUUUUUUGAUUGGAUAAACUGCGGGUUAAUUUUGUGUUUGUGGAUGGCAUCAUUUUUCUAAAAAACAUGGGGAGAGAAACAGAUAAUUCAUUUGCAAUUGGUAUUUUCUUGUCCUGGUGUGCCACAUGCCAGUUCCAGUGCAUGCAUUGUAAACUCAGCCCAUCUCACCUUUUUGUCUGUCUCCAUCUCAGGAGACAGGUUAUCCACUGACAUCAACUGCAAAUCCACUGAACUUUCACGACAUUUGUUCUCAGGAUGUGAUGUUCCAUUCCGGGACAUCCAAACUCUUUUUUUUCCCCAGAAAAUGGGGUUUCUCUUCCACUAUUAUCAAUGAUGCCCUCACCCAUAUCUCCUCCAUUUUCAGCAUGUUUACCCUCACCCCAUUAACUCUUCCCAAGAUAACAGCGAUAGAGUGCCUCCUGUCCUCACCUACCACCCCACAGCUAAUCACAACCUCUGCCAUCUCCCCAUCCCCCCACCCUCCCACUCUGCUUUCCACAUGGAUUGCUCUUGCCAUAAUUCUCUUGUCCUUUCAUUCCUCCCCACUGACCUCUUCCAGGCGUUUACCCCAGCAGCUCUGCUAAGUGCCUCACAUCCCCCUCCCCACCAUUCAGGCCCCUAGACAGUCCUUCUAGGUGAGGCGGUACUUCCCCUGCGAGUCUCUUAUUUUGUGUAGUUUAUUGCAUGGCUUCCUCUACAUCAGUGAGAACUGACGUACAUUGAGGAUCGCUUUAUCAAUCGUCUUCACCAACAGCCAGGAUAUCCAGUACAAUUCUGCUUCCCAUUCCCACACUGACAGGUCUGUUCUUGACCUCCUCUGCUGCCACAGUGAGUCGGGGCAGGUUGGAGGAGCAGCACUUCAUAUUCCAUCUUGGUAGUCUGCAACUUGACAGAAUCAGCAUUAAUUUCUCUUGGCUUCUAGUAGCCACUCCUCUUUUUCCUUGCCCCACAUUCACCCUUUUGUGUCCCCUCACUCCAAUGGAUCUCUCAUCCGUUCUCCUCUCCUGCUCCAACAAGCUGUGUAUCUCCUUAUCUUCUUCCCUUCAUGCCAUUGUCUGCAGUCCUCUCCUAUCAGAUUCCUCCUUUUUCAUUUCUUUGCUGCUUCUACCUCUCACCUCCUAGCUUCUCACAUUAUUCCCUUUCAUACACCCACCUACCAUAUCUCUCUCACCUGGACUCACCUAUCACCUGUCAGCUUGUGCUCCUUUCCCCCCUACUUUUUAAAAUUUAUUCUGGUUUUCUGCCUUCUUUUCCAGUCCUGAUGAAGGGUAUCUACCCUAAACGUCAACCGUUCAUUUCCCUCCGUAGAUGCUACUUGACCCACUGAGUUCCUCCAGCACAUUUUGUGUGUUGCUCAAGAUUUCCAAAAUCUGCAAAACUUUAUUGUCUUCAUAGUUAUAUUCCAAAAUGGGUUAGGAAGCUGACACUUCUUUGUAGAAGCUGUGCGACUUGUUGAACUGGCAAUCUUAGAUCUGGUGUAACACGCACACAUCAGGCAGCAUCUGAUGGCAGAAUAUAGUAUUAAUGGUAAGACUCUUGGCAGUGUGGAGGAUCAGAGGGAACUUGGGGUCGGAGUCCAUAGGGUGCUUAAAGCGGUUGCGCAGGUUAACUCUGUGGUUAAGAAGGCAGGCAGUGUAUUGGUCUUCAUCAACUGUGGGAUUGAAUUUAGGAGCCGGGAGGUGAUGUUGCAGCUAUAUAGGACCCUGGUCAGACUCCAUUUGGAGUACUGUGCUCAUUUCAGAUCGCCUCACUACAGGAAGGAUGUGGAAACCAUAGAAAGGGUGCAGAGGAGAUUUACAAGGAUGUUGCCCUGAUUGGGGAGCAUGCCUUAUGAAAAUGGGCUGAUUGAACUCCACCUUUUCUCCUUGGAGUGACAGAGGAUGAGGUGUGACCUGAUAGAGGUGUAUAAGAUGAUGAGAGGCAUUGAUCGUGUGGAUAGUCAGAGGCUUUUUCCCAGGGCUGAAGUGGUUGCCACAAGAGGACACAGGUUUAAGGUGCCGGGGAGUAGGUGCAGAGGAGAUGUCAGGGGUAAGUUUUUUACUCAGAGGUGAGUGCAUGGAAUGGGCUGCCGGCAACGGUGGUGGAAGCAGAUAUGAUUAGGGUCUUUUAAGAGAUUUUUGGAUAGGAGCUUAGAAAAAUAGAGGGCACUGGGUAACCCUAGUAAUUUCUAAGGUAGGGGCAUGUUUGACUCAACUUUGUGGGCUGAAGGGCCUGUAUUGUGCAGUAGGUUUUCUAUGUUUUUAUCUGUAUACGACUCCUCCAUUGGCCAGGGUUGACCAUGGAUGUUGUGUCCCUGGUGUCUGUGAUACACAAGCCAGGACAGUACAAUAUGGAGAGCAAGCUGUUGCCCAUGUAGCAGGUUCCCCUUCUCUACGAGGCUGAUGAAUACAAAGGGACAGCAGAGACUGAUACAGUUUGGGACCAGCAGUGUCUCAGGAGUCAGCAUUGAACUCAAUGUAGGGCUGUCAGAGCACCGGCUCUGGAUUUUCCCUCGGGGGUUUACUCCUGAAGCCUUCCCCAUGAGUGGAUGCAAGGCAGUGGGGGUUGGAAAUCAGAGUUUUUUUUCCUCCAAGAUGAGCUGCCAAUUACGACUGAUAAGCCCCAACUGCCCGAAGUGACUGGUUUUAAGGCACCAGUCACCCAUAUCUACCCCUUCUGUCUGUGCAGAUGGUUCUGCCAGGCUUAGCAGCUAAGCCACAUGUGAAGACCAGGAGCUGGACUUGGUUGUCAGAGGCAUUUUGAGAUGGACACCAUGGGAGCAUUUAAUAGGUAGUGAGAGCUUGUUCCCAUUACCAUCCCUGGCUUUAACAACUUCAAGGAACCAGGCAGGUUUAUAAAGAGAAAUAACCAGUUGCCCUUUCGGUGUAAGACCCUUUGUCAGAAUAUUGCUGAGAUCCUCCAGCAUUCUGUGUGUGUUCCUCUGGAUUUACAGCAUCUGCGGAAUCUCUUCUGUUUUUAUCUUACAGCUGCUAUACUAUGCCCCUUGUACAAAUGGAUGGUCCGGCAUGGGUUUACAAUGAAUGUAUUUUAUCUCAAGUUGCCCACUGUAUAUUGUAAUUUCCAUCACUGUAGGGUUUCGAGAAACUAAUUUCUGAAUUAUAAUGAGAUUAUAAUUCUAAAAGUGGAAAAUCUUUUGCAAUCUGCACCUUUAAAAAAAGAAUAUGGUUAUACAUGUUGUUUCUGGAUUCAGAGUGCUUCUCAGGCUUCCAGCUGGUUACAGGUAUUGAUUUUUAACAAACUCUGACAUUUUCAUUAGGGAUGAUGCCUAGGUAUGUCUUAUCUCCAUCCUUCAUCCUUCCUUAUUGGUUAGGCCUCAUCCAAUCAGGUUUCCACUGUCCCACCUUGUUUACAGAUGAAUUUCAGUUCUUACUUAGAGCGAGGUUUUUGUUAAAAUUCUUUUCUUCUAGUUUUAUUUAAAUGGCUUCCUUCACCAGGCCAUCCCAUGCCUUUGGCAAGGCACAGUAAUUUUGUGCCAUCAAAGUCAGUGCUAAUGCAAAUACGAUGUUUUACUACCACCGAUUUCUCUAGGUAAUCCUCCUGUGCUUCUUGAUGUGGGUUUCCACCGUGCUGAUAUGCACUGCUCUGCAUUUUACAGGGAAUCCUGUAAGUGCCAGCUGACUUAAGUCCCAGAUCACCUUUGACCUGCAGAAGCUGUGAUUUGAGCUUCCUUACAGGUUUGUGGACGGUAUUAAUUUGGAACUUCUUUAGCAUCCUCGUGAUCCUUCCAGAAACUUUGGAAAUACAAGUCGGUAGCAACGGGUUCCUCCUCCAUGGGAAAAACUCAAUUUUUCUAUUCCAAAAGAAAGCCAUCUGAAUUGUAAAUAAGACAAGUUAUUACGAGCCAAACAAUCCACUGUUUAUUCAACUAAAUACAUUAAAUUUCAAAGGUUUUGUAGAUUUUAAAAUAAUAAAAAUUAUGUAUAGUUAAAAAUGGAUAGUUACCACGAAGUAUCCAUAGAUUGUUUAAAAUGAGAGAUAGUCAACAUGAUUUGAGCAGAACGUGUAAAUUUAAAAAACAAAGGAUAAGAAUAAAUGUUAAAAAAAAUCAUUGUAUUUUAGUCAGAGGGGUGAAUCUAUGAAACAGUUGAAGUGAGAAUUUAAAAACAUAUACCACACUUAAGUUUAAAAAAUUAUUUUAAAAUUAUUUAAUGAACAAAUAUAAAAUACAUGAUUUAAAAUGAAUGGGAGUUAUGUAAACAAAUGAUACUUGGAAUUGGAUUUUGUGUUAAAAGAUUAUGAAAUUUUUUGUUUUGAUGUGAUGAUUGACGCCAGAUAUGUUGUAUAAGUAAGAGGGGUAGGCGUAAUAAGCUGUAGCUUCAGCCUACACCCUUUCGGUCUGUUUUAAAGAGUAUUAUUUAAUUUUGUCUUAUGAAAUCAUCAUUAAGAAAUUAUUGUUGGAAAUAAUAUCAUUUGUUUGUACUGACCGAAUAAAUAAAUUUCAUUCAUUCAUUCAUUAAGUUUCCUGUUUUUUUACAUUGGUCCUUUUAAAGGCCCAAUUGAUUUCCUUCACCUUGUAACCAUUCUGAGGGAACAGAAUACCGUAGACAUGCCCAGAUGAAGACGGCAGAGUUACAUCGGUUAAAGUUAAUACCUGUACCCAGCUGGAAGCCCAAGAAGAAUUUAUUUGUGAUAAGUGCUGGGAAAGCACUAGAACCUUUUUUGCUUAUUAUUAUUUUAAAUAGAGUCUUUUACUUUGCUUGCAACAUAUUUUUGUAAUUGGUAACUUCCAAGCAUAAUAGCAAGGAAUUCUUAUGAUUAAUAGUUUAAUUUUACCAUUGAAUUUUGAUUUUGAAGCCAGACCAAUGGGAAUUCCAUGUCAUGUAAAUUUCCUCGCGCGGUAGUGAUUGUGCAAAGAUUAGAAGGAAUAUUUUAUAAAUAUUUAACUAUGAAAUAUUUUGUAAUUGUUGAACUAAAUUUCCCUAAUAAGGAAAAUAAUACACUUUCUUUAAAUGGCAGGUUUCAUUGUGGAAGACGUUCAUUAUUGUAUGGGGGUGUGAAAUCAAGAAUCUGUAUUUGUAAUCUAAUGAACCAUAAAAUAUGAUAUAAAGGUUUUAUCAAUGCUCA